AUGGUUCGACUGGUGCAUUUGGGGUUUUUCUAUGCCAUCUUGGCCUUCCUUCUGGUGUCUUCUAUCGAAGGCUUAUUGCUGAAGGAGCAACGCAGAAAUGUAGAGGCGAACCAAGGGCUCAGCAAAGGUAUCUUAGAAAUGCUACACAUCAAGAAAGUGUCGGCGAGUCAUCAAGCCAAACCGCAUCCUUACAUGAGGAGGAUCUAUCAGCACCUGGAGUCCCUGGAAACUCAAGACUUUGGAAGAUCUGAUGGAAUCCUGGUGCAGAGCUUUCGAAGUGUUGAUGGGCCACAUCAUGCCUCCCAAGGAUGGAUCUGGUUCAACAUCAGCGGCCUGAAUCCGUCCAUGCUGGCUGCAGAGAUGGUUCUGUACAGGAAGACCCUCCAUUCACGCCCUCUGAGCGUGACUGUGACCCUGCACAGCAUCAUCGCGUCACAAGACAAUCUGAUCGAAACCCCUGCCCUCCAGGAGAGGCAGCUGAGACUGGACCAGCGACCCCCCUCCGGGUACGACGUGUUCGACGCGUCGGCUGUUUUGGCUCUGAAGCCUGUGGAGGUGGUGGGCUUCCAGCUGAGGUACACCGAUGAAAGCGGGAGUUUGGUCCUCCAUGAGGCGCUAACACAGAAUCUGUACAGUCUGAACAGAGGCUCCCUGCAGGAACCCUUACUGGUGCUUUACGAAGCACGACCCGUCCAGUUCUAACCCCGCCACCUUGACCA